UUGUUGUGCGAAUGCGCCAAGUGGACGGUGUUGCAUGUGGAUUAUAAAAGAAAGAUCCUAAUGAAAGUACAUGAACAUUGCAUUGGAGACUUAGGAAGAAUAUUCAUAUUGUACUUCAUUUGAACUUGUGACUCCUAAAAUUUUGGUAAAAACUCAUAUUGAAACAAGUAAAGGAGGCUUCAAAUCAGUUAAGUCUUGGUGCCUACUAAUCUUAUAUGAAAUGCUGCUUGUCUUGACCUCAUGUUACCAAACCAACUAGACACAGUCAUUACUCAAAUGGGUAUCUAAUGACCUUUUAAGGCCAAGAUGUCAAACGGCAGGGAGCACACCGUUCCGACAGACAUUCUGGAUGACCUGUGCAGCAGGUUCAUUAUCAAUGUGCCCGAGGAGGAGAAGUCCCAGACAAACAGGAUCAUGUUCCAGGUGGAGCUGGCCCACUGGUUCUACAUCGAUUUCUACUGCACUGACGAGAGCAACGAGCUGCAGCCGUGCGGCAUCAAGCAGUUCGCGCUGCACCUGUUCCACCACCUGCCGCUGCUCAGGCCGCACCUGGCCGACUUCGAGGCCGUGCUGGCGCGCUGGCGCGAGUACAAACUGGCCGUGCCCACGUGCGGCGCCAUCCUGCUGGACGAGACGUGCCAGCACGUGCUGCUCGUGCAGGGCUUCUACUCGCGCGCCUCAUGGGGCUUCCCCAAGGGCAAGUGUAACGAGUCCGAGCUGGGAGAGCUGCACCGGUGCGCCGUGCGGGAGGUGCAGGAGGAGAUCGGCUACGACAUCUCGGAGGCGCUCAGCCGCGAAGACUACCUGGAGCAGGUGGUGAACGAGCAGCGCGUGCGGCUCUACCUGAUCCCGGGCGUGUCGCGAGCCACCAAGUUUCAGCCGCGCACCCGGAACGAGAUCAAGUCGAUCGAGUGGUUCGCGGUGGCGGACCUACCAACCGGUCAGAGGGACGCGCCGUCCAAGGCCAAGCUCGGGCUCAGUCCAAACAGUUUCUUCAUGGUAAUACCGUUUGUGCGGGCGCUGAAGCGGUGGAUCCAGCAGCGGCCGGCGGCGGGGCCGACGGGUGGCCGUCGCCGGGGACGCGAGAGGCCGCCGGAUGAGGCGCGCGGCAGGCAGCAGCAGGCGGGCUCCCAGGUCCUUCAGGACGAGCCGACCGAGCUGGCGUCCCGCGGCGGCUCUCGAGGCCGCAGCGGCGGCGCCAAGGCGGCCGCCACGCCCCAGAGGCCCGCGCAGCCGGCCUCGCGGGGCUCGCGCAGUCGCACAAAGUCGCAGAGCAACUCCAGUCUGGCCGAGGACCGGUCAGCGAUCGGCGACGAGUUCUCGGCGCCCAGCUGGGAGAACUUCAGCUUUGACAGAAAGAAAAUUCUGGACGCGCUGGCAGGGUGACCUGCGAGGCGCUGUAAAAAGUGAGGGGAGGACGACGUGCUAUGAUGUGGGUUGAAGCUCCCCCAGCCAGUGUUAGUUGACAGACUCGGGGCCGAUGUGUUAUGCCUGAAGUGACCAAAGGUUUGUCGUUGAAGGUCCGGCCAAGGCGUGAACUCGAACUGGCCAAGAUGUGUGUUGCGCCCCAUAAGUGCGAGCCGCGCCGAGCGCACACCGGUGGUGCGGCGAGAUGGAGUUUGGAGGUGCUUCUGACCUACACCCGUACUAGGUCGUCCAGCAGGCUGUGAGCGGAUGGUUUGGCAUGGUUUGCCGUCCGUGCAGCAGCGACCCCGCCUUGGCGCACGCCGGUAUUGUGCGGCCCAGUGCUGUCUCAGCUAACACGAUACAGCGCGACCAUCGUCCAUCGGAUGUAGUCGGCAAGGCGUUCUUCCGAGGACGGACAAGGCGAGUCGGCUCUCCUCCGGGACCGGAAAGCUCCAGUGGUAGAGCUAAGCCGCUGACACAGUGGCUUAUCUCACCGGUGUUAUGGCUGCUGUCUGGUGCCUACAACGUGCCGCGUUCGGACUGUGCGAGCGAGUGGAAGUCUUCCAUUCAGUGAGAUUCAGAUCGGUUCAGUGAUCUCAAGUGUUGCGACGGCUAGUCUGCUCGGCGCCACGACCAGGCGUUUUACAUGUGCCACGGAUGUCCACUAGAUUGAAGGACAGGAGCAAGGACGGAUACAAAAACGAUCAAUUAGUGGUGUUAUGAACGUGUGACAGCUUCCGAAGCCCUGUGAAGUCGCGGGUAUUGAGAACUGGGCCGGACAGGGAAAGUGUGCCCGUCUGCCAGCUGCAAUAUUACUCUUGCCUCGGUGGCCAGAACAAUGACUCUCAAAUUGGUUAUGUGACCCGGUCAGAGUGUUUUUGUUAAAGCUGUCCAACUACUCUUCGUACUUCAUGCCUGCCCCAGUACACUGAUUCGUUUGAAGUUCAGUCGACUACACAGGCUGAUUCAAACACCAAGUAGGUAUUGCACCACGUUUGCUUCUGUGCCAAUCUAUUGUUUGUCAUGCGUCGUCGCUGUUUAGCGUCACCUGACACGUGUUCUCGCCGUCAUAGACGUAAUAUCGGAUGAACAUGUGAAAGAAACUGUUGAGACUUGCUCCCCUCUGCUCCUCGUUUGCCAAGACACCUGGCAUAGCACAGUUUCACGUCGGCUUCUUACUCUACCGAGAUAAAUUUAACCCAGGCGCCAAUGUGUAUUGUGUAUCAAAUGUCUUCGUUUCUGAUGUUAUUCCAGCUGUCCGGCUGUCGUCGUUUCAGAUCUUUCUUUCGCGGUAUGUGAACAAGCCGCAUUUUCGAAGUUAUGUGUCUCGCGCGUCACACUCGUUUGGAUCUACAUGUUUUUCACGCAUCAUUACAAUAUAUUACGCUGCUUCAUAA